UGUGUGUUAAUACAACCCAUAAGUAUUUUAACACCGGUAUGGAUGCAAGGCCCAUUUUUAUUCUCAUAACCUAUUGGACUGUAUUGAUCUAUGGUGAGAUUAGUCUAGAUAUAGAUCAGUCAGAUGUAUGUGAGGGAACAUCAGUUACUUUAACAUGUACUGUUGAUCCACCCCAAAUGUCCAUGACAUGGAGACGAAGUGGUAUCCGAAUUGCAUCUUGUUCACCAACAUGCUUUAAUCAAGAGUCUUAUCAUAAUAUAACCUUUAAUACUACUGUGGGCAUUGUGUACAUCAAAAAAACAUCCUUGAUAAGAGAUGGAGGAGAAUGGCAAUGCAUGCCUUUGGGCAGUAGAGGCACGGAAAAUAAAACUCUAACGAUUACAGCCCGAGCAUCAAGUACAAUGAAAGAUAAAGGUAGAUUAUUAUUUACUGAUGGUAUGGUAACAAAUGUAACGUGUUAUACAGGAACUAUAGAUUCAACAGUGACAUUCGCGUGGUAUAUAGAUUCAACAGGUAAUGUACUACCAGGACAGACUAGUGGUGUUAUAAAUGGUGGUACAGCCAGUUACUUACAAUUAACUGGUACCAAACAGCUGAACAAUAAAACACUCUACUGUUCAGCUACCAAUCAGUGUGGUACUGGUAACACAGAUAAUAUCACUCUUGAUAUAAGAUAUCGACCAACAGUACAUGUAGAACCAUCAACCAGUCCUUAUAAAAUAAUAGAAGGUAAUCAACUGACAUUAACUUGUACUGUUGAUGAUUCUAAUCCACAACCUACAAGUUUUACCUGGAGUAAAGAUCGUGGCAGUAUUACAGGUCAAAGUUCAUCUGUAUUCCGUCUGACGUCAGUACAGAGAUCACAAGCUGGACAGUAUACAUGUACAGCUAAUAAUGGAGUUGGAACAGGAACAUCUACAUCUGUACAAGUUGAUGUUUUAUAUCCACCUACUGUGUCCACACCAUCUAUAUAUAAGAUACCAGAAUCUGAUGUUUUAUCUGUAACUUGUAGCAGUACCCCUGGUAACCCUAAUGAUACUAAUUAUAGAUGGACUGGACCUGAUAGAUAUAGGUCUACUGGUUCUACAUUACGUAUAGCUGAUAUAAAGAGGAGUCAGACAGGUGUUUAUAAUUGUACAGCUACUAAUAUCAUGAUACCUACAUCUACUAAUAUACAACAAACAGGUACAGGUACAAGUCAGACAACGAUUGAUGUUUUAUAUGGACCAACUGUAUCUGUAUUAAGUGAAUCUGUUGUUAUAGAAGAAUCAAAUCCUCUAACUGUAAGUUGUAUGGUAGAUUCUAAUCCUGUAUCAACUAUUAAAUGGUAUGGUCUAGAUGGUCGUGUAGUAUCUAAUAAUAAAGAUUUAGUUAUAAAUAAUAUCAACAGGCAUCAAUCUGGUAUAUAUAACUGUACAGCUAUUACAGUAUUACAACCUACUAAUGGUACUCAACAAACUAAAACAGAUAGUAAAACUGUACUAGUUGAUGUACGAUAUCUGGAUCCAGUCAUCAUUCAAUCUGAUACAACUGAUGUAGAUGAAGGUCAGCCGUUCAACUUGUCGUGUUCUACCAAUAGUAACCCUAUAGCUUCCAUGACAUGGUCUUCACCAGCUAGUAAUUCUAGACAACUAACCACCAAUUCUAUCAACUAUUAUAAACAUAUAGCUGAUUGUCUAGAUACAGGAAUAUAUACAUGUACAGCUGUUAAUAGUCACAUACAGAAAACUGUUACCAAAUCACAGGAUGUAAAUAUACGAUGUUAUCCUCGCCAAUACCCCAACAUUAACCAUGUCAUGAGGGUUUUUGGUAAUGUAUCUGAAACAGUUCUACUAUCUGUCAGUAUAUUGGCCUAUCCUCAACCAACAUUUACAUGGUAUAGACUGGACAAACCUAUUAAUAUAAACGAUGAACUGUAUCAACAAGUAGAUGUUAUUAAUUCCACUAAUAUAUUUAUGUCAACUUUAACUGUUAAAAUCAAUUCAUCUGAACUGUACGGAGAUUAUAAAAUCAACAUUUCCAAUGAUAUUAACCAUGCUAUUUUGAUUAUAUCACUUACGACACAGUCUGUACCCGAUAUACCAAGUGAAUUGAUAUUGGACAGUUUAUCCCACAGUUCGAUCUGUAUUAAGCUGAAACCAGGUUUCGAUGGUGGAGAUACCCAGGAGUUUAUAUUUGAAGAUUCUGUUGACAACACAACUUGGAUUACUUCAUCAACAGUGACACUAACUAGCGAAGGCGAUGUUUUAAACGGCUGUAUAGAAAACCUCAACCCAGACACAGCGUACUUUGUGAGAGUAAUUGCUAGUAAUAAGUUUGGUUCAUCAAAACCCGUCCAGCUUGUGACUCGCCAGCCGCUGCGGACAUCAGCUAAUCCACAUGAAUCUGAUCAAAGCGAGGACAAUACCGCAUUGAUCGUGUGCCUAUGUCUUGCUAUUGUGAUAAUUAUUGGUCUUAUCAUUGGUUUUAUUUAUCAACGUAGAAAAAGAUCAACCGCCGAAGGUGACAAUAAGACCAGUGGAUCAAGUAUAAAGAAUACAAGCAAUUCGUCAAUCUACAACAGCCUAGAAUUAAACACUAGAACUGAAUCAUUACCCAGUCCGUAUAGCAAUUUAGGUGACGCAUCCCGCGGAGACAAACCAGUGUCCAGUCCAUAUGAGAAUUUAGGGGAAUCAUCUGGAAGUAAACCAGUGACCAGCCCAUAUAGCAAUUUAGGUGACGCAUCCGGCUCCUAUAAAAAUGUUGAUGACGCAUCCGGCCCAUAUAUAAAUUCAGGCGAGACAUCCAGAAGUGACCCCGAAUACAACCCUUAUAUCAAUGUAAGCAAAACAUCACCCAGUCCAUACGUAAAUUUACGCGACGCAUCGAGAUCAAACUAUUGACCCUGUGUAUCAUAAUUUAAACAUACAUUAUGCAAGAGGUAAAUCUGCCUAUUGCAGGUCUUUCUUUAGUCUUGAAAUGUUUUCUAAAUUAUUCAUUAGACAUUAAUUAACAAAACAAGAUCAUAAUCAACUCUCGACGGCAUCGUGUUCCCUUUCUUAAACUCACGAAACCACUUUUUUGUACAUAGAGUUCAAAUAGAUUAUAAUAGGAAUAACCAUCUAUCAAGUAAUCUCUGCUUCUGGAAUUUACACCGACGCAUUCGUUUUAACUGCAUGUAGCGAUGUGGUACAUAGAUAGGGUAUACUUUGAAUAACUUCUCAUAUGUGGGUAAUAUACAUUACUUUUUAAUUUGUUCUCAUAUUUUUUAGCAUUGACAUAUUUGUUUUUUGAAAUAACUAUUUUUUGACAUUUUUCUGAAUAUAAUUAAUUCGCAGUUUACAAUCUGUAUAAUAAAUUAGUAAUUUUAUCAUAUCAUUUUCAUAUAAUAAAUUACACCUUGUUGUCCUAUUAUAAUAAAUUACACUUUUUUCUCAUAUUUUUAAUAUAAUAGAUUACAACUUUUUCAUAUAUUUUGUUAAUGUAAUAGAUUACAACUUUUUCGUAUAUUUUAUAUAAUAGA